CACGCUGUACGGAGGGGGCGGUGCUCGGGGCGGAGUCGGAGAAGCAGCACGGUUCGGAGCGGAGAUUCACGAGUCCCCACACUGGGAGCAUGAUUGUCCCUGGAGGAGGCCGAGCCGUGUAACCCGAGAGUGGUGAGCCGCCUUCCCCCGCAGACAUGGCCGCCGAGUCGGUGAAGGUGGUGGUGCGAUGCCGGCCCAUGAAUGACAGGGAGAAGGACAUGAAGUGCCGGGCCGUGGUCACCAUGGACAGCAGCCGUGGUCAGUGUUUCAUCCAGAAGCCGGAGGCGGGGGAGGAGACUCCCAAACAGUUCACCUUUGAUGGGGCGUACAACAUGGAGCAUUGCACGGAGCAGAUCUACAACGAGAUCGCCUACCUACUGGUGGAGGGAGUCACGGAAGGGUACAAUGGCACCAUCUUUGCCUACGGACAGACGGGCAGUGGGAAAUCCUUCAGCAUGCAGGGCAUCUCGGACCCGCCCUCGCAGAGGGGCAUCAUCCCCCGGGCGUUCGAACACAUCUUCGAGAGCAUUCAGUGUGCCGAGAACACCAAGUUCCUAGUGCGAGCCUCGUACCUGGAGAUCUACAACGAGGAGAUCCGGGAUCUGCUGGGAGAGGACACCAAGCACAAGCUGGAGCUGAAGGAACACCCGGAUAAAGGGGUGUAUGUGAGAGCGCUGUCCCUGCACACCGUGCACAGUGUAGCCGAGUGUGAGAAGAUCAUGGAGAGCGGCUGGAGGAACCGCUCGGUUGGAUACACCUUGAUGAAUAAAGACUCAUCCCGGUCACACUCCAUCUUCACCAUCAACAUAGAGAUCUGCACUAUAGAUGAUGACGGCGAGGAUCAUCUUCGGGCGGGAAAGCUGAAUCUCGUGGACCUGGCAGGCAGCGAGAGACAGUCGAAAACCGGAGCCACCGGAGAGCGUCUGAAAGAGGCCACCAAAAUAAACCUGUCCCUCUCCGCCUUGGGCAACGUCAUCUCGGCGCUGGUAGACGGCAAGUCCAAGCAUAUCCCCUACCGGGACUCCAAGCUGACCCGUCUCCUGCAGGACUCGCUGGGGGGGAACACGAAGACUCUGAUGGUGGCCUGCCUGUCUCCGGCCGACAACAACUACGACGAGACGCUCAGCACAUUGCGCUACGCCAACCGAGCCAAAAACAUCAAGAACAAGCCGCGCAUCAACGAGGACCCCAAAGACGCUCUGCUGAGGGAGUACCAGGAGGAGAUCAGGAAGUUAAAGGUCAUGCUGACCCAACAGACCGUCAUCGAAGACAUGACCCCGUUGGAGAAGUUGCCGGUGAGGACGGAAGUGAACGGACAGGAAGUGGACGUGGAGGCGGAAAAGCAGCUGAUCCGCCAGGAGUACGAGGAGAGGUUCGCUCGGCUGAGGGCGGAAUACGAGGCAGAGCAGAAGUCCCGGGCGCGGCUGGAGGAGGAUAUCUGCAACCUGCGCACUUCCUACGACCAGCAGCUGGCCAGCAUGGAGGAAGAUCUGAAAAGGAGAGCAGGUGUCAGUGUGACUGUCGGAGGACCCGCAGCGGAAGAUCCAGCGAUACAGGAGGAAUCGGCCCCGGUGGCUGCACAGCUGCGCAGUGUGAAGAUGGAGGACCUGACCUCAGACUCCGCCUCCAACAUGUUGCUACCCCCGGAGGAAAAAAAGCAGGUGGUGGGGGGCGAGCAGGCCAAAAACAAAGACCUGCGAGAGAAGCAGAAACGCAGGAAGAGAUACGCAGACGAGCGCAAGAAGGAGCUGAUCGAGGCGCUGCACCACAUAGACGAGGAGAGCGGGGACCGAGUCCUGCUCAACGUCUACGAGUCCAUCCAGGACGAGCUCCAAGACAAGAGCAAGCUCAUAGAGAAGCUGCAGACAAAGGUGACGCUGAGUGACGCUGAGCUCCGCCCUCACACAAGUCCCCGCCCCCUGGAAACCUGCAUCUCCAUAGACAGAGACGACUACCUGGUCACCAUCCGCCGCCAGGAGAGGGAGCUCCGCCUCCACCAGCAGAUCGCAGAGCAGGUCCAGCCCCUCAUCCGCAGAGACUGCAACUACAGCAACCUGGACAGAGUCCGGAGAGAGGCCUCCUGGGACGAGGACAGCGGCACCUGGUGGAUACGUUCUGCCUGCCGUAAUAAGACCUCCUCUCUCUGCUCCCAGGGGGAGGACCGAUACAAGGCCAUGCUGAUCCGCAGCGACAGCGAGAACCUGGCCAGCAAUUACUUCAAAUCCAAGCGAGCCAAUCAGAUCCUGAGUGCAAGCCUGCACAGCACGUCCCCGGCCUACAACACCCCCCUGAACACGUCUCCGUCCAACCUCACGUCAAGUCUCAUCUCCGUGUCCCCCGUUCAGUCCACGGACACGCCUCUACCACGGCCGUUCCGGCUGGAGUCCCUGGAGAUCCCGGCGCCCUCUGCCCGGACCAGGCGGAAGAAGAGCAAGAACCACAACGCAGAGCCGUACUGAGUCCUCGGGGG